UUCUUCCCCCGCCUCCCAGUCCAAGUCUGGCAGCUAAAGGUUAGGGCUCUCUGGUCGGUGAGCACCUGGUCACCCAGAACCAUGCCGGAGGCAGUGGAUACAUGUUCUUUGGCCACUCCGGCUUCCGUCUGCCGGACCAAGCAUUUGCAUCUGCGAUGCAGCGUGGACUUCACUCGCCGGACUCUGUCCGGGACCGCAGCGCUCACGGUGCAGUCUCAAGAGGACAACCUGCGCAGCCUGACUUUGGAUACAAAGGACCUUACAAUAGAAUGGAAAUCUCUCUUCCUAUUGCUCUGAGCAAAAAUCAAGAGGUCGUUAUAGAAAUUUCAUUUGAGACAUCUCCAAAAUCUUCUGCUCUUCAGUGGCUCACUCCUGAACAAACUUCUGGGAAGGAACACCCAUAUCUCUUCAGUCAGUGCCAGGCCAUCCACUGCAGAGCAGUACUUCCUUGCCAGGACACUCCUUCUGUGAAAUUAACUUACACUGCAGAGGUGUCUGUCCCUAAAGAACUGGUGGCACUGAUGAGUGCUAUUCGUGAUGGAGAAGCCCCUGACCCAGAAGACCCGAGCAGAAAAAUAUACAGAUUCCGUCAAAAAGUCCCGAUACCCUGCUACCUGAUUGCUUUGGUUGUUGGAGCUUUAGAAAGCAGGCAGAUUGGCCCAAGAACUUUGGUGUGGUCUGAGAAAGAGCAGGUGGAUAAAUCCGCUUGUGAAUUUUCUGAGACUGAAUCUAUGCUUAAAAUUGCAGAAGAUCUGGGAGGACAGUAUGUAUGGGGACAGUAUGACCUGUUAGUCCUGCCCCCAUCGUUCCCUUACGGUGGCAUGGAGAACCCUUGUCUGACUUUUGUAACACCUACUCUACUGGCAGGUGACAAAUCACUCUCCAAUGUUAUUGCGCAUGAAAUAUCUCAUAGUUGGACAGGAAAUCUAGUGACCAACAAAACUUGGGAUCACUUUUGGUUAAAUGAAGGGCAUACUGUGUAUUUGGAACGCCACAUUUGUGGACGGCUGUUUGGUGAAAAGUUCCGACAUUUUCAUGCCCUGGGAGGAUGGGGAGAACUACAGAAUUCGAUAAAGACUUUUGGGGAAACAAGUCCUUUCACUAAACUCGUGGUUGAUCUGUCAGAUACAGACCCUGAUGUCGCUUACUCUUCAGUUCCCUAUGAGAAAGGUUUUGCUUUACUUUUUUACCUUGAACAACUUCUUGGAGGACCAGAGGUUUUCCUGGGAUUCUUAAAGGCUUAUGUGAAAGAAUUUUCCUACAAGAGCAUAACUACUGAUGACUGGAAGGAUUUCCUAUAUUCUCACUUUAAAGAUAAGGUUGAUAUUCUCAAUCAAGUUGAUUGGAAUGCCUGGCUCUACUCCCCUGGACUGCCUCCUGUAAAACCCAAUUACGAUAUGACCCUGACAAAUGCUUGUAUUGCCUUAAGUCAAAGAUGGAUCACUGCCAAAGACGACGACUUAAGCUCAUUCAAUGUCACAGACCUGAAAGAUCUCUCUUCUCAUCAGCGGAGCGAGUUUUUAGCACAGGUUCUCCAGAGAGCACCUCUUCCAUUGGGGCACAUAAAGCGAAUGCAAGAGGUGUACAACUUCAAUGCCAUUAACAAUUCUGAAAUACGAUUCAGAUGGUUACGGCUCUGCAUUCAAUCGAAGUGGGAGGAAGCAAUUCCUUUGGCUCUAAAAAUGGCGACUGAACAAGGAAGAAUGAAAUUUACACGACCCUUAUUCAAGGAUCUUGCUGCCUUUGACAAGUCCCAUGAUCAAGCCGUCCGUACCUUCCAGGAGCACAGAGCAAGGAUGCACCCUGUGACAGCCAUGCUGGUGGGGAAAGAUUUAAAAGUGGAUUAAGGACCUGCCUAUUGCUGAUUUUAGAAAUGUCACUUUUUAAAAUCGAAUUCAUAAAGAAAUAUAAAACUUCAGCUUAUAUUAUAAUUAAAUGUCUUUUGAGUUUUGACUUUUUAUUGUUUUGUUGGUGAUUUUGCAAAAAUAAAGCUGAGCUACCUUUUCUUUUUUUAAA